GUCUUGAUUUUUAGGAACUCCCUCUAUUCCCGAUUAUGGGACAUUCGUUUGUUGUUGCCAUUGUAGCAUUCAUUGAUUCUGUGAUGCUAUCGUUAUUUUCCAGAUAUUUUGAGGUUUAAACGCCGACUGAAGUGAAAACACGAGCUCACAAUACUGUUUAGGAGAUGGCAGAGUUAGAAGACGAACUAAUUGGAGAGGACUUGGAUUAUGAAUAUGAUUUGGAUGAAGAGGAAGAAGAAGCUCUCUUGGCUGGUGAAGAUCCAUCGGAGGAGGUUGCAGUUGAAGACAUCAUUGAGUUAGGAGUUGAAGAUGAAUUUGGUGAAGAUGAUAGUGGGCAAAUCAGUCACUCAAAAAAUGUUCAUAGUAGAUUACAGACAACUGAAUCAGUUUAUGAAGAAGAGCUUCAAGAACAUUAUAAUGAGUCAUCACUUGUUACAGUUGCUUCCGAGGAGGGUGGUCAUGUAGAGACUCAGAAUAUUGUAGAAGAGGAGGAGGAAGAGGAAGAAGAGGAGGAGGAGGAGGAUGAGGAAGGAAGAGGGCGUGAUCGGUUCAAGAGUGAGCGUUCCAAGAUCUCCCUCACCAGUACAACUGUUGAGCGCAUCAUUCCAGAUUCCUUAGAUGAAGUCCAAGUGAAAAAGUCAGACUUUCGAGACAACCGACGAGGUCGUGGCAAUCGAGGAGGUUGGGGUCGAGACAGAGGUGGCUGUCGAGGUGGACAGUUUGGUGGGCAAAGAGGGGGCCUUAGAGGUGGACCAAGAGGAGGACCUAGGGGUGGACCCAGAGGUGGAAUGAUGCCUCCUCAGGGAAGCCCUCGAGGAUGGCUGGGGCCUCGUCCAAUGCUUAUGCCCCCUUGGGAACGUCCACCUCUUUUACUAAAUCCACAGAUGCGAAUGUCACAGCCCAAUAUGCCCAUUCCUAGAAAUGGACCUCCCAUAAUGCAACGACCACAACUGCCUAUGGUCUCCAUGCCUGGUUCGAUGCCAAGAGGACCAGCUCCUCAGCUAAAUCCCAAUCCUCUUUUUCCACAGUUUCCUUUUAAGACCAGCUCACAGGUUACUAUCUGGAGUGCAGGAAUUGUUCCAUAUGGGGCUGGUGCUAUACUCGAGCAGUUGGUUGCUGGGCCAACUGGGUUUCCACCACAGGAUGAUUUACGAAGCUCUCUCAAGAGACGUUCUACUGACGAUCCUAUUAAUGCUUCUCCUCCUAAACAUCUGAGAAUGAUUCCAAAUCAUAUUAACAAUCAACAUUUAAUGGCUAGGAAGAAGCUUCAUAAUGCACUGAAUCGACAGCGUGGAGGGCUGUCCAAAAAGGGCCCCAUUUCUAGUAGACUGUCUAUGCCUCCUGUCAAUAACAACCCCAAUUUAACAACUAUAAAGACAGUGGACAUCAAUCUUGUUCAGAAGCAAAAUCAAGCCAACAAACCACAGCAAAAUCAAGUAAAUAAACCACAACAAACUCCAGGCAACAAGCCGCAACAAAAUCAGGUCAUCACUCCACAGCAAAAUCAAGGAUAUAAGCAGCAACAGAACCAGGGGAACAAGCCAUGGCAAAAUCAAGGAAACCAACAACAGAGUUUUGGAAAUAAGUUUUUGCAGAGUCAAGGAAAUAAGCACCAGCAGCAACCAAAUCAAGGGAAUAGGCAGCAACAAAAUCAAGGGAAUAGACAACAGCCCAUUCAAGGAAAUAGACAAUAUCAAUAUCAAGGAAAUAAGCCACAACAAAAUCAGGGAAAUAAGCCGCAACAAAAUCAGGCAAACAAGCCACAACAAAAUCAGGCAAACAAGCCACAACAAAAUCAGGGAAAUAAGCCACAACAAAAUCAAGGAAAUACACCACAACAAAAUCAGGGAAAUAAACAGCAACAAAAUCAAGGAAAUAACCAGGCCAACACAUCUGUCAGAGAGCCAGCAAAACCAGCUAAGCCAUCAGAUAAAAAGCAAGUCGCAGAUUCUAAUGAAGAUAAUGAAUAUCAACGGAAGAUGCAAGAGCAAAAGAAGCUUCGGGAACAGAUACUGGCCAAAAAGGAGGCACGUAGGAAAGCUGCUGCAGCAGUUAAGGCAACUGAGAUUGCAUCAAGGAAAGCAAAAGAAGAUAAAGAAAUUAAUAAGAAACCUGAUGAACAAAAGUGGAAUGAGCGGCAGAAGCCAACGCAAGAUCAGCAGCAAUCACAACAGCCAAAUAAACAAGCAUAUGUACCACUCAAAAGAGCAUUGAAAGGCCCUGGUGUAGCAAACACUGUGCAAUCUCAACAGCAAAGCAAUCCCCGCAUGCCAGCUCCACCGGGCCAACAAAGACCUCGCUUCAUGAGGCCACGAAUGCCACCAAUGCAGCACCAAAGUGGGCCCCGACCUUAUCCUAACCAGGUUCGCUUUCGUAGAGGGUCAGGGGCUGUAGAUCGAUCACACCAUCAAGAACAUGUGAAUCGGUCACGUGAGAACACAGGAUUCCAAAUGAGAUCAAUUCCACCAACAUUUAAUGAACCACCACCCCGCGACGCAGAUUCUAUGUUUACACAAGAUAUUCAACGACAGCAGCAUUUUGGUCAGCAACAUCAGCCAGGGCACCACUUUAAUCAAGGUCCACCGCAGCCAGAUAUGCCACCUCACCAACAUGGGCCUCCACCACAGCGCCAUUUACCACCACCCCAUCAACCACCAACACAUCAACCACCACCACCACUUCAUAGUCAACCCCCUCUCCAUUCCCAGCCUCCACCAACACAUCAUCUCCACCCUCCACCAUCCCCGCAACAUCUUCAUCAUCAGCCACAACAUCAUCAUAUUGAAGCACAGCAGCAGCAUCCACCGCCACCACCCCAUCAGAUCCCGACAGAUUUGCAACAUCAUUCUAAUGUGCCACCUAGUCUCCCUCCCUCACAGCAACAUGUGCCUCCACCCCUCAUUCAGAAUCCUGUUAGGCCUUCCCACCCUGCUCCCCAUAACACGCAUGUACCUCCUCCAGAGUUUCAUCACAGACCAUCAGUUAGCCAACAUCAUGAUGCAUUCAUACCCCAACCUGACACAUUUCCCCCAAGAGGUCCACCACCUGUUAUCACCCAGCAUGAAGAUAGUGGAAACCGUGAUUAUAAUACUGAACAACAAUAUAAUGAACCACCUCCAUCAUGGGAUAAUCCACAAACAUACAAUGAUUACAGUAAAGGAUACAGUGAAUCUUAUGAUGACAAUUAUUACCAGAAGGGACAGCAUCAAAAUGUUGAAGUAUAUCAGGAUCAAUAUAGCAAUUAUCCAUCAUACAAUGAAUCUACCCAAGGAUAUGAAAGUAAUUAUCAAAAACAGCAGCAGCAGCAGGACAGUGACUACCAACAAGGUCAGUAUCAACAAGAAGAGUACGAUGAAGAUAGUUAUGAAGAUUAUCAGCAGAACUAUGAAGGUGUCACGAGAACUAGGGAUGUUAGAAGCAGACUUGGUGGGCGUCUUUCUUUCAACCAGAAUCCCCAUCUUCAGGUUAAAGUAGUGCAAACAUCUCCACAAGAACACGCAACUUCUCUCACACAAGGCCAGGUUGGGCAAAAGAUUCAGACUGUCCAAAGACAGGCUGCAAAAAUCUCACGAAAAUUUCGUAGAAUCACUCGAAAGAACUUAAAGGGAGAGAUAGUCUCGGUGAAAAAGAUUCCUGUUGAUGAAGAAGGUAACACAAUUGGACCAAUAAUAACAGAAUAUGAGGCAAGUGAGUCAAUCUCGGAUGGAGUGGAAAGCACAUCAUCUUUAAUGAACCAGCAGCAGCAACAGCAACAACGUGUACCUGUAGUCAAGACCUUACGUCAGAUAGUAAGAAAGGUACCAAUGCCUCAGCAGCAACAGCAACAGCAGCAGCAGCCACAGUCUCAGAUCAAGUUACGGGAGAUCCCUCAAAUGAAUCAGUCCACACAUCAGCAGCAACAGCAGCAGCAGCAGCAACAGCAACAGCAGCAGCAACAAGUUAAAGUUGUAAAGAGGACAGUUGUUUCUUCAGAUGGGUCAUCACAGGCAAAUACUGGGGGUCGGCGCAUAGUGACAGCAGGAUCCCAACAGCCUGGCAAUAGUGGAGUUGUGCAUCGUUCCGGUGGUGGAAUCCGGCGGGUAAUCAGUUCAGGCUCCACGACUAAAUCACCUGAUGAACAUGAUCUGCCCACUGUCCAGCUCUGUGAUUUGCCAUCCAAUCUUACUUUGUCUGAUAUCAAUCGAAUGGUGGCUAAUACAGGGGUAGGGCAACCCUUGAGUGUUGACUAUGUGCCGGGUUCUCGUGAGUGCAUCAUAAGAUUUAGGGUGGCAGAGGUUGCUGCUAAAUUCUACCAGAAAAUUAACAGGAGAAUGGUAAAUAUGUCAUUCAUAAGAGCAAAUAUAAUGCUGUAACCCAUUUUCAGUGAUGACAUUGUUUGGACUGCCUUUAAUACUGUACUUUUAAUUAUUCGAAGGUCUUGAAGGAUAAAUAUAGUUUUUCGUAGUGUUAGGGCAUUUUGAAAAUGCCUUCAAAUUUGUAUCGAUUAUUGUGAUUGUAUUUCUUGAUAGGUCCCCUUUUAUUUACUGUAUGUGUAAGUUGAAAAGUAACAGAAUUUGUGGCAUUAAUUUCAACCUACUGGUAUCUUUGAUGCCAUGUCCCUUCCAGGAAUUCCCCUUUCUUGAAAGGGUAGCAUAUCUUGGCAAAGUUUUAUUUUAAUUUGUAAAUGUGACUUACCUUAUGUAGCUGCAGACAUUUUAGUAUGCACUUUUCUCAGUUAUGCAUAAAUAUCUUUUUUUAAGUUACCAGUACUUGUACCUUCUUGACUAGAGAUGAAGUGAUAUACUGAAUGAGAAGCGCUUGCUUAAAUGCAAUUUUGGUUAGUCACGUUUUGUUUCUCAUACAUGGUUCAAAGUUUUAUUCUAAGUAAAUAAUAAUUCAUUGGCUUGGGAAAGCUAUUUUAUGUGAGUGAUGGAAACUUUCCUUCUUGUUACUUUAAACAUUCAGGAUAAAUGUUCCGAAUGGAAUGACAUUGUCAGUCAUGAUGGUUUAGUGUAAUGUUUGGUUAAUUAUGUAAGUGGAUUUAUUGGGAAUCGUGUACUAUCAAACAAUUCCUGUCAUCAUAGAAGACUACAGUUCGACAAGAGAAUCAUCUUGCACUCGGAUCCCUGAAAAGCACUAUAGCACCUCUGCCCUACCUCUGCCACCAUGAGGUGUACAAUUUAUGUUCUGUGCUGUACUGAAGUACACUCCUGCUGUCACUGUGCUGCCACCUGUUAUUAUUUGACUGUGUUUCAUGUACUGUACUUUGUGAGAGAAGCAUAAUUAAAAUGUAUAUGUACUGGGUACAUAUUCUUUUAUUCAGACUAAUUAUAGUUUAAUGAAAACUAUAAUUUUCAUGUUCAUUACAUAUUUGGAAAGAUUAGUGUUGUGAAGUCUUCUUUAUUGGUUGAUAUUUCCUUAGUAGGUAUGAAUAUAUGUAUGGAAAAUCUUCCAUUUUGAGAGGAUUUUCAUAACAUAAUCACAAUCACUGAAAUAUUCAUUGAAAGCACUUGCCAUGAUUUGUUAUAUUGCCACUAAUCCACAUUUGUGAGUGUGGUGGGUGCCAGUGUGUUGAUGAUUAUAUAGCUGGUAUUGUCCUGUAAGUUAUAUGUGACCCCAAGAUAUUUGUUUUUCCAUAUGAUUUACAAGUCAAUAGGCUAUGAACCAUGCCAGACUGAGCAUCUCUAUUGUUGGAGAAAUUAACAUGGAUAUUUUAAUCUGCAUUCUUGAUUCACACUCGUCCUUACUCGGAUGAGUUGUCUCGGGAGCAACAAUGUUCAUGCAAAUAGAGGCAAGUGUUAAUUAUGUUAUUUUGGCAUUGAAAGCAGAACUCUUGUUUAACUGUGACUAGAGAACAUCUUACACCUUUGAAAGAAUUAAGAUUAUGCUUCUUGGUCUUACUGUUGUUGCUGUAGCUGCUGUGUUUUGCCAUGGCCCAUAAAAGUUAUUAUAUCAUCCUUGUUACAACUGGCUGCUGCUGCUGUGUUGCUUUUUCUGGAUUGAAAAAAACCAAGGAAUGCAUGUGACUUACCAGUUAUGUAAUGCUAUCAAGAUGUGUUUUCUAAACGUUAGAAGGCGACUCGUUCAUUCUCAUGUUUACACUGAAGGUGAAGUGCACCACGCAGUCAGAUCUCUACUUGAGAAAGAUGAUCAGCUUGACUCUUGAGGAACACUAAUACAGUUGUUUUCUCUGGUGUUAAAAAUGUUGUUGAUUAUAGGACUACUAUAAUGAUUGAUCAGUUCUUUAAUACUGUACCUGCUAAUGUUUUCCUCCAUUUGUUAGGUCUUAGGUUUUAUUGCAGAACUUUCAAUUGUAAUUAUGAUAUUCAUCAUCUUUAUGAAUUGUCAUAAGAAACAGUUAUGAUAUAAUUAGAAUGCAGAGUUUGCCAAUACAUGAGGGCUAACAAUCUAAGAAUAUACAUACAUUGUAUUUGCGCAAUAUAGCUAUAAGAAAUAUAUAUUAUAUUUAGUUUAUGUAUAAGUGUUGUUGGUGUGAUAUUAAAAGACACACAUGCAGCCAGUUGUUUUAGAGUCCUUUAUUGUAAAGUUCUGAUGAACCUAAUCAAUUAAAGAAAGAGAAAAUUUUUAAAAGAAGUUAAUGAACUGCUAAUGUAUGAUGAUAGAUGAGGUCCAGAGAAGACUAACAGCAUCUUGGAGUCUCAUGUGCGGCUAACAUAUUAUUAUGAAAUGGUCUCUACUUUUUGUGUGUGUGAGAUAAUUUAAGAAUCAAAGGGUGAACAGAUCCUUCAAUGGAUAUAUGUGAAUAGAAUUUUGGUUGACUGCUAUUUAGUAAUCACAGUAAAUUUGGUGCUAUAUUAUUAUUGUAAUGAGGGCAUUUUAUGCAAAUGUAUUGCAAUAGUUUUCCAAUGAUAUGCUUUCAUUAUAAACGCUAGUCUAUAUAUAUAUAUAUAUAUAUGAGCAAUGAGCUCAUCAAAUAAUUCCUAUUGAAACUGUAUUAUAUGUUACAGUACUUUAAAUGAAGUCCAUAUUGGAUGAAAGAGUUACAUAUCAUACUUAAGAUAUUUAUUUGUAAAGCAUUCUAAUUGAAUGAAAGAGAUCUUCAGUGGCUAUGUCAUUGACAGUGUAUACCUGUUUUAAGGGUAAUAGUUGCAAAUUAUAUAAUGGCUCUUUGACCAUAUUAGAGUCAUCAUAAUUUAUCAGUAAUCCCUGUGGGAUAUUAUUAAGUUAAACAAUUAAGCAAACCCAGUAGAUAGGGGUUUAGAGUAUGUUUUAAUACUGUAUACAUACAGUAUGUAUGUAUGUAUGUCUUGUGUAUGUUAGGUAUAUGUUUUGAAGUAUCAGCAGAAUAUAUGAAGGAAAAAAGUGGGGUUGCAUGGACUAAAUAGUUUAUAGUAAGUUUCGGGCUUGGAACUAAAUAGACACCAAAGAUUAUAUAGUAUGUUAUAUCAUACUAUUUGCAUUGUAAAUAUACAAUUCCUGCAAGAAUUCUCAUGAAUUAGUUUCGAGAAAACAAAACUUUAUGAUGCCAUUUGCUUGGUGUUAUAAUGUGUUCAGUGAUGAUUAAGGUAUUAUGGAGAAAAGAUAAAGGCAAGUCACUGCAACUGAACAUUUAGUAGGAAAGACAACAAUAACAGUACAAAAAGUUAAUGAACCAUGAGCUGCCCAGUUUUGCCAGUAUUUAAGUACAGUAUACUGUAUAUAGUAGGCAUCAGUUAUGUGCUAGUCAUUUUCUUAUUUACUGGCACAUAUAUAUAUUCUCUUUUUAGAGGAACUCUCCUGGGACAUGAUAUCAGCUGGCAUAUUAAUAGCUGAAGAAAUGCCUUUUUAUUUUUCUCUCUCUCUAUAUCUUUCAAAGUAUUCUCUUUCUUGUGAUCUUAGGAUAGAUUGGCUGUUUUUUCCCUUCUUUUUGGUAGUAUGAUACUUGAUAUGUAUUAUCAAGUUAUGAACAAUACAAUACUGUAUUGUACAGCCAAACAAUUUGAGAGCUACGGGUACAGUUUUCUCUUCAGUGUUUAGUUUACACAGUAGAAUCAAUUUUGUGGAAUUGCAUUUAGUUUGUUAGUAUGUAUAUAUUAUAUAAUAGAUGUUGUUAUUUGAACCUGUUCUCUCACUUAAUUUACCAGUUUUUAUGUUAUCAACCCAAACAUAAAAAUUACGGUGGUUAAGUGAAAUUUAAAAACAUUGUAAAAUUAAUUCUUCCUGAAGCUAAUGAGCAUCAGCCUCGAUAGAGGGGUUGCCCGAGUUCGUAUGUUUCUUGUUAGACAAAAGUGAUAUUACAGUUGACAAAUAGUGAGAACGAGCUCUGGGUUAUUUAUAGUUGCCUUCCUCCCAUUUAAUGACCACUGCAAGUCUAGAGGCUUAUUUUUUCUAUGGGUGAGACACUAUUCUCAUUAUUAUUCUUCCUUAUUUGAGAAUUUAUAAUCUUUAAUGUAAAUUAGAGAAGCUCCGAUCUCUUCCUGAAUAAUCUUAUCUACAAGAGCAAACGGUGGAUAAACUCAAUUCUUACUUUAUUGGAGAUAUUACCAGUCAUUGUUGAAGGUUAUUGUUUGGUCAGAAUUCCUUAUAUACUCUGGUCAUACAAGAUUGAAGCCAUGAUUGUACAGUUUACUUUAAUUGUCUAUUACUUCACUUCCUUCUUAAUUAAGAUUUAUGAAAUAAUCCAUUAGGUAUUAAAAAAAACAAAAGAACUGAGAUAUUACUGUAUAUGCAGAAAUUACUUUUUGAAAAGUAAUUAGGUGUGGAGACACUUAAUACUGCUUUGAUUUGUCGGCUUUGCCACACAAUAAUUCAUGUUUUGCAUUUGGUAUAGCAGUAUCUUGAUAUGUUAAAGUUAUCUUUAAAUGUCACUUUUGAUGUAAAGAGAGUAAUGGCAUUUUUUAUUAUUUUUUGUCCAUGUUAUAUAUAUGAAGAAAGUGCCACCCUAGUUUAAAUGUUUUUGUAGGAAAUAACUCGUUGAAAUUCGUAAUACUGUAGUAAAGCAUGUCGCAGUACCUACGUCUUUAAUCUUCAUACAGACACGUUAGAUCAUCUUAAUAUUAUUCAUUGCUGUUUUAUUUUGGAUAAAAAUAUGUAAAAAAUGCAUUGACCUAUCUCUACACAAUCUAUUGCAAUCAGCUUUCUAUAAAGGAUGAUACAGCUGAAUCCAUUUGACUUAAAUAUUUUUCACUACAGUUAUAGUUUUGUGCUUGUUGCUGCUGACAGAAAGCUGUAUCAGGUCUUCCAUUAUGCAUAUACUCUAAUGUUUCAAGACAGUUGUUUUUAUCAAAAGUCUUCACAAUUUAAAAAGAAUACAAUCAAUUCUAGAAUGCUGACCUCUGAACAGAAGAACUCUACUAUAUACUGACUGCAGGAUAAUUUUUUUCUAAUAUGGAAUACAUUGUCUAACUAUUGAUCUCACUAUAAAUAAGGUAUAUGGAAUAAAGCAAGUGCACCAAGUUUCUCAGUGGAUUAAAAUUUAGCUGAUGAUUUUUUCUCUUUCGAUAGUGAAAGAGCUUAUUAAGGCUUUCAUGUUGGUUUGUGUGUUUCAAAAGUAUGUUUUACUUGCUGUAAGUUUGUGUGUCAUAUAUAGGACAUUCUUUUAAAGUGUUUCAUAACAUCAGAAGAAGAGUAAUGUUGCUUUAAAAUACUUUGGUAUUCACAAGAUUCUAAAAAAGCUAACCCAUUGCAUUAUGAAUAGUUACUUAUUGAACUUUUGGUCAUUUUUUUAGGCCUGAUCAUGACAGAAAAUUGCAAUAAUUAUGGAAAUGUUGGUACAUAAAAAAAAGACAAUGUUAUUGGCAGUAAUACCACUCCUUGGUAGACUCAGCUUGUGAGCGAAGUACUAGGUUGCCAGAUGUGUGUACCUGUAGCAAACUAAAAGACAAAGUUACUCGUCGUUGCUAAAUUGUUUGCCACACCAAUGUGGCAGUAAGUACCCAACACAAAUUGGUACUUUCUUAUCUACCCAUCUUAAGGAAGGAUGAAUAGCUAAGUGAGCUUUAUACCUACUACCCCAUGUCUGAUAAAACUUAGAUUGAUGGAUUGAGAAUCAGCAGCCUUAAUUCAUACACUACUGUACCAUAGUGGCAGUGGUGUAAUUCAUACACUACUGUACCAUAGUGGCAGUGGUGUAAUUCAUACACUACUGUACCAUAGUGGCAGUGUAAUUCAUACACUACUGUACCAUAGUGGCAGUUGUGUAAUUCAUAUACUACUGUACCAUAGUGGCAGUGGUGUAAUUCAUACACUGUUGUACCAUAGUGGCAGUGGUGUAAUUCAUACACUGUUGUACCAUAGUGGCAGUGGUGUAAUUCAUACACUGUUGUACCAUUGAGGUACUACUGUAAUCAAGUAUAGUUGUAUAGACUAGUUUUACAUAAUAAGAAAUUAAGUUCACUAUAUUUGCAAGAGAUGAUAACAUUUACAUGUCAGGAACUUAACCAUUUUGCCAAAAACCUUAACUAAACUAAAUACUUGCUCAGAAGACAAUAUGUAGUACAUUAUUAUGCUAAAGAUAACAGAUUUUUAUAAGAACAAAAUUUCUUUAAAUAUUGGGUAAUGAUUCAAAACCAUUUCUUGCUACUUGACAAACUUUAUGCCGGAGGAACUAUCAUUAUUGAUGUUGCACCUGUCUGCUUGAUACCUGCUUGAUGGGGUUCUGGGAGUUGUUCUACUCCCCACACUUGGCCCAAGGCUAGGCGUGACUUGUGAGAGCUUUUUCCAACAGACUGUUGCUCGGAGUGGCCCGCAGGCCCACAUAUCCACCACAGCCUGGUUGGUCCGGCACUUCUUUAAAUAAUUGUUCUUGCUCGCUAAAUCUAGACAGUGACGUAUAUACAUAUCAUGGUUCUCUUUAGCACUUACAACCUUCAGGUUCUAGUGCUUGUCUGUCACUUGUGCUAUAUAGUCUCUCGGGCUUGCCACCUUCUUUGGAUGAUUACUUACUUGUCUCUUACAGUACCUAUAUUCCAGAAUUCAAUCCAAUAUCAGUCCUCCUUAUUACAGUAUGUAUGUGGUAGUCCUCCCCGUCCCCUAGUUAAAUAUAGAAAAAAAUUCCAUUAUUUGUAAGCUUUUUCCAGGCCUUCAAAUAAGCAAAUGAAUUUUUCAACAAUAUAUAAGAUUUGGAUGGCUUAUACUAGUGGAUAGUAGUGCUGCUUUUAUUGUUUGUGAUGUAAUUACUGUACUGGCAAAGAUGUACUAUAUCUAUUUCAUUUUUUUUAUUAUUAGGGUUCCAUAAUCAGGGAAAAUAGGGACAAAAAUGAUAAAAUACAAAAACUUUAUUUUCACUCCUGGCAACUCUUUUAAAUUUAUGGAUUUUAUGUGGGUGGAUCGGAUGGCUGUAAGGGGAGGAGGAGGCCAUCUUUGCCAGAAAGAGAGGAUUGUGUGUUUCUCUUUCGUAUCAGGUUUGUCUAUACAGUACUGUAUUCUUAUUUAUUUUUGUAUUGCAAUUUUAAAUUUACAGCCUGUUCAUUGUAAACAAUUAAGAAUUUAGUCACUAAAACUCAGAAAGUUUGCAUAGAAAAAACCAUUGGAUAUGUGUAGGAACCCUGGCAUAUAGUACAUUCAAAGAUUUUAAUAUUAUUCAGAAUUAAAAAAAAUAUGUUUUUCUAUAUAUCUGCCUCCAGGAUUUACAUUCUGAGGAGGCAGCCACAAUAGGCUGUGUACCUGUAGCUGUUCCCUUCAGGAACUCCUUUUUAAACAUUGAUCUUAAACCUGCUCUCGUAUUUUUAUAGGUUUUCAUAGCACCUUUUUCAUGUGUACUCCACUACUUUCUCUCUCUAAAAAGUUGGAUAACUUUCUACAACUCGUGAUACUAUGUAUUCUCCUCUUAAUUCUGGUACUGUAUUCUUAUCAUUCGUCAUUAAGCAUGUCAAAUAAUUGUUAUGUAAUACAGUAUCUUAUCAUUUACCAACUCCUCUGCUCUGAACAUCAUUUCUUUGCCUUUCAUUUUAGCUCACACUUCCUGUUAUUUGUUUCUACCCUCUUUCUAAUACCACAUGUAUUCUUAUGCUAUUCAGCUCAUAUCAACUGCUUGAAUUUUAGAUUUACUUGUCUCUUCUCAGCACUGAGAAGAGUGUUGAGUGCUCAGCACACUCCUCUCCUCUCCUCUCUCAGGUUUGCUCCAGGUACAGUAUACUGAAAUAUACCCCUAUCCCAGCUCAUUGCCAUUUGUCUAAAUUCCAUCAUUCCUACUGGAUCUUAAACUCUGUUAUUUCUUUCUUAAUCUUUCUAUCAUAUCCAGUCACCUUUCUUCCUUGAGCUUUCCCUCCGCUGUUGUCUUUAUUUAGUACAAUUUCAGUCAAAGUUAUUAAAUUUCCUGAUAUUCUCCAGUACAGUACUUUAUUUCACCACAGUAUGUUUCAAUUUGAAAUUUCAGCACAUCGGGCGUGUUUAUUUUGUAUUUAAAAGCAAAUUUCACCAAUUACCCUUCCAUCCUUACAUUAUCUGUCAUGAUAGGAGUUGUGGAUAUUUUGGGGUAAUUGUAGCUUUAGUUUUCUCCAAGUGGCAACCUUGUAAUAGAGUAAAAGGUUUCCUGUUUUUGGCUUUUCCCAAUAUUUAUCUUCAACUUUGGGGUGUUGCAUGGAAUACACCCCUGGCUGUAAGUUUUACAUUGAGAUAGAAAUUGUAUGUUGAAAGGUUGUGCAUGUUCAAAUUAAAUCCAACAAGUAGAAAUGUGUUAAUUAUUAAGCAUAAUCAGUCUGACAUACAGAAAAUAAGACCUAUAAUGAAUUAUUGUGAGAACUGUAUUUUGUUAUAAAACAUUUUUGCUUGUAAUGUGCAUGCAUGUAUGUGUGCGAGUUUUUAUUUGUAAAUUAGGAAUUUUUCCCAUCUUCUAACCUCAGUUAACAAAGUUGGGGCAUUAUUACUUUUCUCUGGGGAGCCCUUUGUGACUCCCUGAAGCAGUAAUCUCUGAUAAUGUUCCAAACUACUAGUUGCCAGAAGUCACAGAGUUCUUUUAGGUCUACCUGGAGACUACAAGCCAAAACCUGGCGCCCCUCAAAAGAGGUGCAGGGAGUGGUGGCACUUUGGGCACUCGUAAUUCUGUGGCGCGGGUUCGAUUCCCGCACGAGGCAGAAACAAAUGGGCAAAGUUUCUUUCACCCUGAAUGCCCCUGUUACCUAGCAGUAAAUAGGUACCUGGGAGUUAGUCAGCUGUCACGGGCUGCUUCCUGGGGGUGGAGGCCUGGUCGAGGACCGGGCCGCGGGGACACUAAAAGCCCCGAAAUCAUCUCAAGAUAACCUCAAGAUAACUUAUUGUAAAAUUACAAUACUAUGACCUUAUUUGUGUUUGCUUCCACCAGGGAAGCACCCAAAAAGUCAGUGAAACAAAACAGACAACUGCUGGUUAGAAGCUAGACUGCAGCCUUGAGAAUUGCAAAAAGAACUCCUCUAACAAUGUAAACAAAUGAUAGAAAAUUAAUAAAACUUGAGCGAGAUCAUUCUCCCUACCUCACCAUAGUUUGGUGGGUGGAUGAGGGAGGCAAGAGUCAGCCGGCUGAUCCACCCUCAGUUCUUUCUAAUGGCAGUGUGUUCCUGAUCGUGCUUUGUCACUGGCUCUGGUUUCCUGUUUUCAGCUAGGGCGAGAUUUGGCUUCAGAUGCUAUUCUGGUUUCUCUGGGGGCAACCCCUUUUGCUGCUGCUAUGAUCAUUGGCCCUUCACUGGUUGCUGCGUCACUGGUUUCUUCUUCAGGCUUCUUGGGGUUGGUGUCCUGGUACCAUCCUCCACCCUCUCUUAAUGUUUUGUCAUGACUCCUCAGCUCUCAGUUAGGGCUUUAUGACCAACACUCACCAAGCCAGCCAGGAUCAUUGGUCUCUACUCCUUCGUCGAGUGCACAGUACAGUUCGGGAACUGUGGAAAGUUCAGAUUCCUCCCAGCUGAAUAGUCUGGCUUCAACAGACUGUUUCCCCCAUGGUUCAUUGUCUCAACCAGGGGAUAUUGUCUGUAGCGAGUAGAUUAUCCCAAUAAUAUACUCGCUCCAGUUUUGGUCCCCGCCUCUUUGGAGCUGGACUCUGCAUGUAAUGAAAAUUGUUGGAUGAAAUGAAAUGCCAAAUUCUGGAUAAGCCCCUGUGGCUUCCUGACACCCCUCCCUCCCCAGAGCAUCCUAGGUGUUUUCAUCAUUUGAACUGAGGGUAGAUCAGCCAGCUGACUCCAGGCUGCCUUCCUACUCCGACCAAAUGAGGGGGGGGGGGAAGUUGGGCAAGCGAGCUACUGUACUGCUAGUUUGGGGAAUUUAUCGUUUGUUUAUCAUUAUUGUGGGAGUUCUUUUGGUGGUUCCUGAGGCUGCAGUCUAGCUUCUAACCAAACGUGGUUUGUUGUGGCGCAGACAAAUAAAUUCACAGUACUGUAAUUUUAUAAGUGCCACAGCUCUUUGUACUUCUUUUGAGUGGCCAGGUUCUGUCUUGUGGUCCCGGCAGGCCUAAAAGAAUCCGCAACUGAUGGCGCCUAGUAGUUUAGCACACUAUUAGCGAUAGUAGUAGCUUCAGGGAGCCACUG